AACACCCCAACACCCCCAACCAAGAAGAAAGAAUACCACAACACCCCCUUAGAAAAUGCUGACUACCAAACUGUCAGCAGCUGUUGCAGUCUCCUCAUCUUCUUCCACUCUCUUCUUGAAUCCUCAGAACAGAUUCAACUUCUCCAAGAGAAUCCCUUCUGUUGCCAACCCAUCACUGUGCAAUUCUCUUCGUCCCAUUGUUGAAUGGAGUCUCAGUAAGAGGAAAAUGGAUGCUUCUGCUUCUUUGAGAGCUGUGAGCCCCCGCGCAUCCGCUGAGCAGCUCAAGGACCCUGACCAGCUCAUUGACUCUGUCGAGACCUUCAUUUUUGAUUGUGAUGGAGUCAUAUGGAAGGGAGACAAACUGAUAGAUGGAGUUCCAGAAACUCUUGACAUGCUUCGAUCAAAGGGAAAAAGGUUGGUUUUUGUGACCAACAACUCAACAAAAUCUAGGAAACAGUAUGGAAAAAAAUUUGAAACGCUUGGUCUUAGUGUCAGUGAGGAGGAAAUCUUUGCAUCAUCCUUUGCUGCUGCUGCUUACUUAAAGUCGAUUGAUUUCCCUAAAGACAAAAAGGUUUAUGUUGUUGGUGAGGACGGCAUCUUGAAGGAGCUGGAGUUAGCAGGGAUUCAGUACCUUGGUGGGCCGGAAGAUGGUGAGAAAAAGAUUGAACUCAAACCAGGUUUUAUGAUGGAACAUGAUGAAAAUGUUGGAGCUGUGGUAGUUGGAUUUGAUCGUUACUUCAACUAUUACAAAAUUCAGUAUGCAACUUUGUGCAUUCGCGAAAACCCCGGCUGUCUUUUCAUUGCUACAAACCGCGAUGCUGUUACUCAUCUCACAGAUGCUCAAGAAUGGGCAGGUGGUGGUUCAAUGGUAGGUGCAGUACGCGGAUCCACUCAACGUGAGCCACUUGUCGUUGGAAAGCCCUCAACUUUCAUGAUGGACUAUUUAGCAAACAAAUUCGGCAUCUCAAAGUCCCAGAUAUGCAUGGUUGGAGACAGACUAGACACUGACAUUCUUUUUGGACAAAAUGGUGGCUGCAAAACACUUCUCGUCCUCUCAGGAGUAACAUCUCUGUCGAUGCUUCAAAAUCCCGACAACACCAUACAACCAGAUUUCUACACCAACAAGAUAUCGGAUUUCCUGUCUCUCAAGACAGCAGCUGUAUGAGAAAGACAACAUCAUUCUUAGGCAGUGCUUCAGUCACUUGUUCGAUAUAUUACCAUUUUUAAGUGCAUUCACACUUUCUCGUCCUAGAGAGAGUACAAGAGCUGGAGAUUUGAAAAUGCCAGAAGCUUUCCAUUCGCAUGUAAAUUUCAGGACCAUGAUGUCCCUGCAAAAGAACACAUAAAAGAUGCUGUUCAGAAACCUUUGCUUUUCUGCUGAUUCCUAAUCUUAACAUGUCUUGAUCACUUGAAGAUGAUGGUGGUUUUAGUGUGUAGUAACUGCAGAUCCUCCCACGCUUGGCAUCAAAUGAGUGUAGUAUACAUGUCAAAACUUCUUCUCCCUCAA